AUGGCUGCUUAUUCUUUUGGAACAUCUAAUCAAAGACCACCUCCUAAAGUUGAAUAAGCUCCGGGAGUAGGGGUAUGAAUAUUGUUACACAUUAGAACUACAACCCUGAUCGAUAUCCUCAUCAAAGACCUCCUUCUUGGAAGUAAACUAUAAUCAGUUAAACUUAGAAUUGGAACUGCCAGUAGAAUAGGAUUGCAAAUUGCUUUUCAACCAGGGCCAGGUCAAUAUGAGCAACUGCAAAAAGCCAUUGUAAAAUUAACUAUCUUAUUAGUAGAAAAGGAAAAAGCCUGAAUUCUCAAUGGGAGCUAAAUUUUAAAAUCACACAGAAGUGGGCAAGGGAAUCACCCGUAAAAUAGUAAUUAAGAUUUAGCUGGACCUGGUGCAUACAAUCCAGACUUUAAACCUUUGCAAAAGUGCGCUUCCAGUUACAGCAUGAGAAAUAAACCACAAUUGGGAGGAAUUGAUGACAAUUUAAGGGAGCUAAAGAAUGGGCCUGGCCCUGCUGCAUAUGAGACUAAUUAUUCGACUGUCCUAAGCAGACCUGCAUCCAUAAUUGGGAAUCAAACAAGAGGAGGUUUCUAUGAUACGAAGCCAUUUAUUCCAGGAGUUGGUAAGUAUAAUGUGCGUCCAGCAACAUCGGGGCCCUAUCAUAGAUUUGGAAAUGCCUUGAGAGAUUCAACAUUUACUGAAAGAGUAUAGACUCCUGGACCUGGUCAAUAUAUGCAUCAAUCGCACUUGAAUCUCAAAGCAACAACCAUAAGUUCAAAGCGAAUUCUUACAGCAACUGAUUCAGCUCCAGGUCCUGGGCAUUAUGAUCCUUCCACUGAUUUUACAAAGCGAUCUGUUCCUGGGGGGAGAGUUGGAACUGCAAAGCAGAGAUAAGUCUUUGAUGCACAUUACACUCCAGGACCUGGACAUUAUUAGUCUUAGAGUGCUAUUAAGAGAAGACCUCCAAGUUAUAAAAUAGGUUCAGAAUAAAGGAGACUUGUAAAUUAGUAGGAAGUGCCAGGUCCUGGGACAUAUGAUAUUAGUAGAGAUGGUGGAAGCAAAGGAUAUACACUGAGACCCAAGUACACAGAUAGAUUGCCAGAUGGUACGCCAGGCCCUUUGGAUUAUCAUCCGAAUGUUUCAUAGACAAAAUCGAGGCCUUUGUCUUGUAGAGUUGGGACUGAGGCGAGGGAGAAGAGCAAAAUGAAUGAUAAUCCUGCUCCUAAUCACUAUCAGUUCAAUUAAUCAAAUCCAGGACCGAAAUUCCCGUAUAUCUAGAAAUAAUUAUUUUAUUUAGAUUCGGAUCAGAAUCAAGAGUAACUGAUAAAAAUGAUGUUGGACCAGGACCUGGAACAUAUAACAUUCCACCUUAUUUUGCAAAUGUUCCUAAUUAUCUAAUUCCAAAUAAAAGCCAUAUAGAUUUGUGAUAUAUAUCUAUUAUAUAUGUAAUAU